GAAAUAUAUAACAAACGAGCGAAACCAGUUGAUGGUUUUGUUUUCUAUCUGGACGUUAUUUUAUAUUUUAGUUCACUGUGGAUUAAGUAAAGUAAAUGUCUUUGCAUGUAUGAUACCCUAAUAUCCGUGCCAUGAUGUUGACCUGAGGUUAUAGUUCAUUGUUAGUACUAUAUCGCACCGUAGUGUAAAGAGAACGUGUACAACGUUUUCUGAAACUGUUGACAACAAUGGCGACUUCGAGCGGCAUGCAUAGGAACGAGUCAUCCACUGCUAUGAUGGCCUUAGCAGGCUAUGCGGGAGACUCUGAGCCAGAAAUUGACAGUGAUGUCGAACUGGAAACUGGUAGUGACAAGACAAAGAAAGCAGAAGGUCUUGUUGCGUAUGCUGCUGAAGAUGAAGAACCGAAACAACAGGAAGAUGACGAAGAAGAUGACGAGGAUACAUUUGGAGCUGAAUUGGACUCAAGACCCAUUGGUGAUGAGAUAAUAGUUGAUUACAAUGCAUCAGUGAAUUCUGAUUCCUUGUCACAAAGUGUGAGACACCUGAGUACUGACAAUAUUGAGUUGCCAGCAGAACCACCUGGAAGGUGCUCAAACCAUUUACAGGAAAAAUUUUCAACAUAUUUUAAAAAAGGCUUCAAUUUGAAUGCCAUGAUCCAGAAAAGAAAAGAUUUCCGUAAUCCAAGCAUAUAUGAAAAAUUGAUAUCAUUCCUUGGAAUCGAUGAGUUUGGUACUAAUUAUCCAAAAGAUAUGUUUGAUCCUCAUGGAUGGACCGAAGAAUCAUACUAUGAAGCUUUAGCCAAAUCACAGAAGGAAGAUAUGGCGAGAAGAGGGAAGGAAAUGAAAGAAAGAACAAAAGUAGAAUUUGUGUCAGGUACAGUUGCAAAGAAACUAGCUACUGGUGGUACAGCAGUUGGACAGCCAGCUGCCACAGAUGAUGGAACGAAGAAGAGAAAAAGUAAGUGGGAUCAAAGCAGUGCAACUGUGCCGACAGCGUUAGCAAGACCACCUAUUACAGUUGUCACAACCACAGUUACUAAUCCUCAAGUUGUGACAGUCACCACAACUGCAAGCGGUACAAAAACAACUGUCAUAUCAGCUGUUGGAACUAUCAAAAAACCCAAGAUGGAUAAAUAAUGUACAUGGAAAAUCAUGUCAUCGAAAGAGGUUAUUUUUUGCGGCAACUAAAUAUUGCAGUAAAUGUAUGUUACUGGCAAGUUAUUGGACUGAGCUGUAUCAAUCAAUCAAAGUCUACUGUCCAAUCCCCGCUACAUGAUAUUUUUUGUUACAAAGACUCAAUGUCAAUGGACUAAUGAAGCGUCCACUCAACACUGAAAAUGGGUAUCAUCGUGAUACAAUUUUCAUUUCCCUUUUUUCAAGAUCAGUUAUUGUCAGAUCCUUCUUGAACUUGCUGCUGAAUGGUUUUAAUGUCUUCGUCUAUAUCUACUCUGCAUUUCAAGACACAGUACCCUGACUUUUGUUAAUAAAGUUUUGAUGGGGGCACUCAUGGGCCCU